GAUUUUGGAGGAACAGAAGCUUCCCUGCUGUUUACAGUCAGCUUCUCCGUGUGUGAACUGUUUAACCAUAAGCUCACUUUUUGUUUUGGAAAAACUGGAAAAGCCUACAGUGACACAGAGGAAUGACAGUCAAAGCGGUUAAGACUGUCGGAGGGAGCCACCUGCUCUUCAGAAACCACACAGAAGCCCUGAGAGGUGGAUGAACGCUCUGCUCUUCAGGUGUUAGCAGCUUAAUGGAGGAAUCUGAGCCUCUGCUGGGUGAGGAGAGGAGGCUGAACGGCCACUGCAGAUGGACCACUCAUGCUUUGGACACAAAGGCUGUUGAGAAUUUCAGACGGAAGCUGAAGUACUUCUUCAUGAAUCCCUGUGAGAAGUACAGAGCCAGGGGUCGGAAACCAUGGAAACUGAUGCUGCAGAUACUAAAGAUCGUGCUCAUCACUGCCCAGUUGGUUUCUUUUGGCCUGAGCAACGAAAUGAUGGCCACGUUUAAGGAGGACAAUCUAAUGACGUUCAGACAUCUUUUCCUGAAAGGAUACAAGGAUCACCAGCAGGGAAGCUUUGCACUUUACACUAAAACAGAAGUGUACGAGCACAUCUACUACAUCAUCGACAGAUACAUGAACCUCCAAAACCUGACCUUAGGUAACCUUGCAUAUGAGAUGGACGAAGACGAUUACACGCCUUUGUCCAUCUGCCAAAGGUUUUACAAAAAUGUCACCAUCGAUCCUGGAAGAGAUACCUUUGACAUUGAUCCACAGAUUGAUAAAGAUUGUAUUUCCAUCAACCCUGAGCCGUCGUUGGACAGUAGCUUAGAAACAAAACUCAAUUUCUCUUUAGAUUUCAAAAGGUUAUUAUCAGUAAACAUCACCUUUACACUAAAAACCAUCAAUCUGCAGACUGUGAGGCACCAUGAGCUACCCGACUGUUACGGCUUUCACGUCAUGAUAAUAUUUGACAAUCAUGCACACAGCGGGAAAAUAAAUAUCAUGGUUGAUAAUGACGUAAGCAUCUAUGAAUGCAGAGACUGGAAUGUGGCCGGCAACUCUUCGAAGACUGAUUAUCUCCUCCUGUUGUUUGAUUUUGUGGUCAUCCUCGCCUGCUUCGCUUCUUUCAUCCUUUGCACUCGAUCUGUCAUCCGCGGAAUCCAGCUCCAAUUUGAGUUCAACAUUUUCUUCCAUGCCUACUACAGUAAGAUUGUGACGUGGUCAGACCGCAUGGAGUUUGUGAACGGCUGGUAUAUUUUUAUCAUCAUUAGCGACAUAUUAACCAUCACAGGGUCAAUGCUGAAAGUUGGAAUUCAAACAAAGUUCCUGACCAGCUAUGAUGUCUGUAGUAUUUUGCUGGGAACGGCCACGAUGCUCGUUUGGAUUGGUGUCAUCCGCUACCUUGGUUUCUUCAAGAAAUACAAUGUCUUAAUCUUAACUCUGAGGGCAGCGUUUCCAAACGUGAUUCGUUUUUGCUGUUGUGCCACCAUGAUCUAUCUCGGCUACUGUUUCUGUGGCUGGAUUGUACUGGGACCUUAUCAUGACAAGUUUCGAACCCUCGACAAAGUGACUGAGUGUCUCUUCUCUCUCAUCAAUGGGGACGACAUGUUUGGCACGUUCCUGAGGAUGAGAGACAAGAGCUACAUGGUGUGGCUCUUCAGCAGACUCUACCUCUACACCUUCAUCUCGCUCUUCAUCUACAUGGUGCUCAGCCUGUUCAUCGCUCUCAUCACAGACACCUAUGAAACCAUCAAGCAAAACCAAAAGGACACCGAGCCAGAGUCCCUGCUCCAGGCCUUCAUAGCUGAGUGCAGAGAUCAACCGGAGUCUGGAAGAUUCCAGACUGAUGAAGAGCCUUUGACCUGCUGUGGAUCUUUAUGGGAGUGUUUUAAAAGAAACUAAAGGAGGUAGCAUCUACAAAAAGCAUGCAAAAGUGGUCAAAGUCAUGGGACUCAUUUUAAAUGUCUCAAUAGUCUAUCUGGAACACUUGAUUGAAUGCAUGAAUGUUUGUAAAUGUCAAGAAAAAAGUGUUUGUAC